AUGUCAGCUGCCACAAAUUCCAUCAAGGAUUUAAUAUAUUGUCCCAUUACUAGGCGAAUUAUGAGCGAUCCGGUCGUGACUGCUCUCGGAGAUACCUUUGAAAGAGAAGCCAUUGAAGAAUGGUUACGGAAUAGAGAAACCAAUCCCACGACUGGCGAACCACUUCCCAACAAGCAAUUGUCAUUUAACAAAACUGUCAAACAAAUGAUUGAUGUCUUUUUAGAAAAUCAUCCUGAAUAUCAAUUGAAUUUAGAUGAACGAUAUGUUUCGCAUGGAAUAACAGAAAAAUUGAGAGACGCCUUCGAUUCCAAUGAUGUUUCUGCAAUGAAUUAUUUAUUAUCGAAUCAUCCUUAUUUACAAUUGUAUCAAGAAUUUCAAUGUUGUCCAAUUAUGGUAAAAGGAAAUGCCAGUUAUUUGGAUGAUGGAAAUAUUGCUCACGUAUUGUGUGAAUGCCCCAAUACAGAAUUGAAAUCUUUCAAGGCAUUGAUGGAAUCAUUGCAACGACUCGAAGACAAGCAUAAGGAAGAACGUCCCACUCUUGUCAACCAUUUGAUUUCGAAAACCAUUUUUGGAAAAAACUCGAGAGGUUUCCAACCCAUUCACACGGCUUGCUACUUUAACGAAUGUGAACAAGUGUUUAAGGAACUCAUUCAAAUGCAAGAUCAAUAUUCGACUCUAUACUCUAAAUGUAGUGUCUCUCUCCAACAUGAAGAAUUAGAUCCUCGAUGUCGAAAGAAUGUCUAUCUUUUAAUGUUUAAACUCAUCAUUACAAGCACGCCAGCUCACAAGUUCGUCCCAGAAAAGGAAAAGGAAUUGAAUGACAAGUGCUUGGAUUUCAUUUUUGACAAUUUGGGACUCAGUGGAGAUCAAUUGUUGAGAAUUACUCAUCAAGGAGUUUCCUUGAUUAACUAUGCAAGCAAGUACAAUCGAUUGCAUAUUUUGAAAAAGAUGGUUGAAAAGUCAAAUGUCAACCUCAAUGAACAUGUUGAUACGUUUUAUCACACUCCAUUAACAAGUACAGUUUUAGGAGGAGCACUUGAAGUGGUCAGAUAUCUGGUCGAAGAAGCCAAAGUUGAUGUCGAAUUGUCAGAUGUACCCUCAUACCGAAAAGAUUUUCCAACUGCUUUGCAUUUGGCAGUGCUGAGAGGACAUUUUGAUAUUGCCUUGUUUUUGAUUUCACAUGGAGCCAAUAUCAAUGCCACUUGUAAAAUGUCAACGGUCAAUGGAUCGAGCUCGAGUUCUUCUUGCUUGGAGCCAUCAGAUAUUUGUGUGAAUAGGGCAUUGUUUGGAUCGAACAAAUUUAUGGGUCAAGACUCAUCGCCCUCUCUUGGAAGCUCAUCCUCAACUAAGGAAGAAGAAGUACAUAACAUCAUGACGCUGAGUUUAUUGUUGUGUUCUGAUAGAAAUGACACUAGUAAGAGAGCUUUGGAAUUUAUUUCGCAUUUGGUUUCGAAAUAUAGUUAUGUACCAACUUUUCCUCAAAGUCAAUCAUCUUCCUCCAGUAGCUCCGUUUACUCUACUUCAACGGCUCCAUUUUCUUCUCAACACAAUUCCACUUUGAAUGAACCCAUUUGGUUUUGUAUUCGAACCAUUGCAAGCAAACCAGAAAGCGAACACAUGUUUGAAUGGGUAUUGAAUCAAUUUUAUUCAGACAAGCAGAAAUUAUUCAUGCUGCGAGACAAGCAAAAGAAUAAUGCCUUACAUUGGCUUGCUGCUUAUGCCAGAGUUGAACAUUUGGAAAUGACCAUUCUUCACUUGUCUCAAGUCGAUGUAGAUGUGCACGCAAUGAUGAAUCAAAAGAAUUUACAGGGAGACACUCCAUUGCAUGUUGCUUCUGCAUUGGGUCGAAAGGAUGUUUGUAAAUUAUUGAUUGACUUGGGAGCAGAUGUGAGAAUUAGAAAUACCAAGUUACAAGAUGCUCUUUCUGCUGGGUUUGUGUGUAAUGCAGUUCCAACACUCACUGCUUCGUAUCGAAUGAGUUUGUUGAAGGACUUGCGAAAAUGUGUCGAGAAUCGAGAGAGUGGUAGAACCAUCUUGACCAUGCAAGCAAAGAUUCGAAUGUUAGAAAAGAAAUUGCAAGAGAAUAUGCCAAGUUCCUUAAUGAUUGAUCCUUAA